AUUGGAGGUUUGUGUUUUGCAGAUUUGACCAGUCGUCCUCUGAUUCCUGUUUGUGUCGUUGCCCUUCAGUUUAAUCAGAAUAAGACCUCGUUUUUGAUUGACUUAGUCUUUAAUAAGCGCUGAACACAAUGGCAGGGACGAUUGCGCGUAGAGCUAUUGAUCACCUGAGGAGCAAAGAGUUCCGGGAUUAUUUGAUGAGCACACAUUUCUGGGGUCCUGUAGCAAACUGGGGUCUUCCUGUUGCUGCCCUCGCAGACAUGAAGAAGAGCCCCGAAAUCAUUAGUGGCAGGAUGACCUUUGCUUUGUGCUGCUAUUCACUGCUCUUCAUGAGGUUUGCUUACAAGGUUCAGCCCCGUAACUGGCUGCUCUUUGCUUGCCACUUGACCAAUGAGACGGCACAACUGAUCCAGGGAAGUCGUCUCAUCAAAUACAACAUGGAGAAGAAGACUGGAUCUUCAUAGCAGAAAAGGGUGGAUGAUGGAUAAUGACUUCUAAGUGCUGCUUCAGGAGCCUUCUAAACAUCCAUACUCAUUCAUCAAACAUUAAUUCAAUCAGUGAAACAACUGUUGCACUUUUGCAGAUUUUCAAUCCAUUCUUUUCAAGAUUAGUUAAUGACUUUUUUUCCUCCAAAAACAGGUCAGCAGUUGUGAUUUAUAUUUUAAAUUAUUUGCAUAAAACAACACAAAAUGUAUGUGAGGAAUGUACACUGAAUUGUAAAAUUGUUAGCUUGACAUCAAACACACCUGACGAAAAAUGUAAUGUUACUUGUAUUUCUAUAGGUCAUUGCCUCCAAAUUCUUUAGAGCAUGAAAUAUGUCCAGUAUACCAGGCCAUUCUAGCUGCAUAAAUUGCAAAAUAUUCUUCAAAAAUAUGAUUAUUUUAGAAAAUUAUCUUAGCUUAAAACCAAAUAAAUUCUGAUGCUCUUUAGUUAUAAUUAUAGCAUAUUUAUUUGACUUGAAAAUCAUGCCUGUCUAUAUGACUGUCAUUUAAAAAUAGAUGAAACAGGCUGUGUUUGUCAGUGUGGAUUAAACACAAAAAACAUCUCCUAGUUGUGUCAUUCACAUGAACUCACGUCAUUUUCCCUCCCUGAUGUUCCAGUUGUAAAUUUCUAAUAAACUUGAUAGAAUAAUAUAA